AUUCGUUUCACCACUUCCCUCUCGUUAUCACGAUUAUCGCAUCUCUAAUCGAUCUGCCGCAAAAAAAUAGUGCCCAUGUUACGUGCCUCGAUCCGCCACAAAUAGGCCUCUUCUUUACCGAUUACCGUUGAAAUUUUGGAGAUUGUUCAUCUCCCACUGCUCCCCUUUAAAGUCUUCUUUGGGGAGGCCAGCGAAGCAGCAUGAGCAACCACAAGAGAGCCCUGAAAACGAGCUACCGAGCCUCGCCUCGGUCUAUUCGACCUUUGUAUACUGGCGGACCAGUGAUACUGACUCGUGAUGGAUCAUGGCUGGUCACGACCAUGGACGAAGAGGUUUUGAUCACUGAUGUUGAGUCUGGAGCUGCUGUUGGAAGGGUCCGCGGAGAUGGAUCCGCCAUCACGUCUCUCGCUCUGAGCUAUCAUACUUCCCCGCCCACCCUUGUCACAUGCCACAUGAGCACCACAAUCCGCUUCUAUCCUCUCCCUGACGCUGGGUCUCAGUCCACAGCUUCUUCUUCGACGUCAGCACCGCUCUUGUCCUACUCUCGACAAUUGAACAAGGCUCACACAGCACCUAUUCUCGUGUCCACCGUGUCUCCAGAUUCCACACUGUUGGCAACCGGAUCCUCUGAUGGAGUAGUCAAAGUGUGGGACACGGCGGGAGGCUAUGUGACCCACAUGUACAGAGGUCACGGAGGUCCUGUCUCAGCAGUCAAAUUCUGGUUCAAUGACGAUAGAUCAAGGAUGGAGCUUUGGACCGGUUCGACAGAUGGCAAGAUUCGAGUCUUUGAUCUGUUGGACGCAAGCUCGAGGUCAAGGACCGGGGAUGGGAGUGCCAAGGCGAAGAGCGUUCUCACAGGACAUGAAAGCGUAGUGAGGGGGGUAGAUGUGAGCACAGAUGGCCGAUGGGCGGUCUCGGGCGGAAGAGACAAGGUCAUUCUGGUGUGGGACCUCGAAGAUGGGGGACUGCUAUCAAAGAAAGGAAAGCGCAAAGGAACAAGUGGACCUAGAAUUGUUCAGACUAUUCUGGCGCAUGAGCAGGUCGAAGCUGUCGGCUUGCUCUCACCGGAUCAACCAUUGCAAGGGAGCACCAAGACUCGUCUGCGAUGCUUUGCAGGUGGAGAUCAGGGGCUGGUCCGAGUCUGGGAUGUCAUCUCCGGAGAGGAAGUGGCGAAGAUGAAGGCGAUGGAGGGAGUCGAUGAGUCCUCAGAGGACGAAGAUGAGCAGCGCGGAGUUAUCAACGUCUUGUAUGAUGAAUCCUCCUCCUCUCUGAUAUCGAUUCAUGCAGAUCAAAAUAUUGUCUUCCACUCCCUCAUCUCUGGCUCCCGUCGGCAGAUUAUCGGAUUCAAUGACGAGAUUAUCGAUGCAACUUUCCUCUCUACCGAUUCGGAAACUACUUCCCCUUCCCACCUUGCACUGGCUACCAACUCUUCCCUCAUUCGGCUAUAUACCACCGACAAACUCGAUGCGAGGCUCUUGUCUGGUCAUAGUGACAUGGUCCUGUGUUUGGACAAAACUAGCGAUCACCGAUGGUUGGCGAGUGGAUCUAAAGAUAUGACUGCGAGAAUCUGGGGUCCAUCCUUUGCCGACGACUCAGACGAGACACGCUGGGAAUGCCUUGGUGUUUGCGAAGGGCACGCUGAGUCAGUCGGAGCCGUUGCGUUCUCUAAACAACGCAAUGACCGGGCAGUCAAGUUCAUCGUUACUGCUUCGCAGGACCGGACAGUAAAGCUGUGGGACUUAUCAGUCCUCGACCCAGAUUCGACCUCGAAUUCGUCGACCCCGAAGUUGAGAUCUUUGGUUACAUUGCGGGCUCACGAAAAGGACAUCAACUCGCUGGACGUUUCGCCCAAUGACAGAUUCCUUGUAUCUGGUUCUCAAGACAAGCUUGUCAAGAUUUUCGAGAUUGACUAUUCGACAUCGUCAUCCGGUGCGAAGGGCGGAUUGAAACUCGUUGGCACAUGUAAAGGUCACCGAAGGGGUGUAUGGACAGUCAAAUUCAGUAGAACGGAUAAGGUUAUAGCCAGCGGAGCUGCCGAUCGAACUGUCAAGCUUUGGAGUUUGGACGACUUCACUUGUCUUAAGACAUUUGAAGGUCACACGAACUCUGUGCUGAGAGUUGACUUUCUGACUCAUGGUAUGCAACUCGUCACGUCUUCGUCCGAUGGCUUGGUGAAGCUCUGGAAUAUCAAGGAUGAGGCCUGUGUCAGAACCCUGGACAAUCACGAGGACAAGGUCUGGGCCUUGGCGGUCUCCGCGGACGAAAAGACCAUCGUGUCGGCCGGCGCUGAUUCUCUCGCAACCUUUUGGGAAGAUUCGACCGAGGUCGAGCAAGCAGAGAGGAAUGACGCGGUCAUGAAGGCUUUCCAGAGCGAACAAGACUUCACAAACUAUGUCGCGCUGAAAGACUACCGCCGUGCGAUCCAACUUGCACUCGCAAUGUCCCAACCCGGUCGGCUUCUCAACCUCUUCACCAGCGUUCUCGCUGCGUCUCUCGCGUCGAACGAGGGCGAAAGUGGAGGCGCAGCCUACUCCGGUUCAAGGGAUAUCGACGAGGUGAUCCGGACUUUAUCUGGUUUGGACCUGACCAGGCUUCUGAAGCAUGUCCGAGAUUGGAACGCCAAUGCCAAGACGUCUGCGGUGGCUCAAGCGGUCCUCAAUGCUAUUCUGAAGUUGAAAUCGCCAGAAGAUAUUCUCGCAGCGUUCGACUCGACGACUCGCAUACCAAACCUCGACCCAGCGGAUACAAUAGAGGGUGCAGAUGACGAGUAUCAAGGUCGACAACGCAAAAAGGCGAAAAUAGACACUGUCGGCCUUCGAGAGCUGCUGGACGGAUUGAUUCCUUAUUCUGAGAGACAUUUCGCUCGUCUAGGUCGAUUGAUCCAGGAUAGCUACGUGUUGGAUUACGUUGUCGGCGAGAUGGAUGGCGGAAUGUUCGGUGGAGAAGUCAUGGAGAUCGAUGGUGGACUGGAGAAGUAGUCACUCAAUUACAGCGCGAA